AUGAUAGUGAGACAGCUGCGUGACGUUCGUUCCACUACAGUCAGUCAACCUCUUUCUCAUUCCGACUUCAGCAAACGAACUUGUCUACCUGUUACUUUUUUUCGAUUCAGCCCGCCGUCACUUCCGCUUGUGCCCUCCAAAUCCAGAAGAGAGAGAGACUUCCUUCUGGAGCUGAAGAUGACUGAAGACCUUUCCUCUCCCUACCUCCCUCCUUUCCGCCACAGGCGUGGAAUCUGCGCCGUUGCCGUCAGGGACUCGUCAAAGGGUCUCACUGCGAACGAGCUCCAGCCUUGUCCAGCUCGCCCUUUCUCAGAUCGUCCCGAUGCCAAAUCGGAUACACACCAGAGUGGCUCGAGUCUUAAACGGAUUGUCGACUGAAGCGGGGAUUCCAUCGAAUCUUCCUCAGACCCC